AUGUCGCGGGUCGUGUUGGCCACGAGCAUCACCCACGCCCUCGUCGCGGUGGGACACACCGUCCACGGCCUCAAUACCUUCGGCCUACCCGCGUGGUCCGCCCUUCCCGCCCUGCUGCGCUGCUACGCCAAAGCCGGCUGGUUCCAGGGCAGCGUCUUCUUCAGCAUCGCCGCGCUGUCCACGUACCAGCUGUCGCAACGCGAUCCGGCCGCGUGGACGGGCGUGGACCGGGUCAUCGUCGCCAUGACCGCCGCGCUGUACGGGGUCAGUAGUGCGUGGUAUUUGCGCCAUGGGGAUUGGGUGACCGGGGCGGUGACGGGGUUGGGGGGCGUCAUGUCUGCGUGGACGUGGUUGCAGUAG